ACAUGUGUCCCUCCUCCCCGUCUGGGCGGCCUGGUUUCCGGUUUCCGGCCUGUGUUUCAGGGUCUUCUGAGGCGGUGGGAGGAGGAAGGAUGGUUCUAAUCAAGGAAUUCCGUGUUGUUCUGCCCAUAUCUGUGGAAGAAUACCAGGUGGGUCAGCUCUUCUCCGUUGCUGAAGCCAGUAAGGAUAACACCGGAGGGGGGGAAGGUAUCGAAGUUCUUAAGAAUGAACCAUACGAGAGGGAUGGCGAGAAGGGACAGUAUACCCACAAGAUAUAUUACUUACAGAGUAAAGUCCCUGGUUUUGUUAAAAUGUUGGCCCCUGAGGGAUCCUUGGUAGUCCAUGAGAAAGCCUGGAACGCGUAUCCGUACUGUCGCACAAGUAAGCCGAAUGAGUACAUGAAAGACGAUUUCUUCAUCAAAAUUGAGACAUGGCAUAAACCUGACUUGGGCGAUCAGGAAAAUGUACACUGUUUGGAUGCCGAGACGUGGAAAGACGUGGAAGUUGUGAAUAUCGACAUUGCUGAUCGUUCACAAGUCUCGGAAGAUGAUUAUAAACCCAAUGAAGAUCCUGCGACCUUCAGAUCAGAGAAGACUGGUCGAGGGCCAUUAAACCAGGAUUGGAAGAGGGAACUGGCCAAUAACCCCUCAUCCCCUCACAUGUGUGCCUACAAACUGGUGACAGUGAAGUUUCGAUGGUGGGGACUCCAGGGCCGAGUGGAGAAAUUUAUUCAGAAGCAAGAGAAACGUCUCUUCACGAAUUUCCACAGGCAGCUGUUUUGCUCGCUGGACCGGUGGGUAGAUCUGACCAUGGAGGACAUCCGUCGGAUGGAGGACGAGACACAGAGAGAGCUUGAUGAAAUGCGACAGAAAGGAGCUGUUAGAGGGAUGACUGCAAAAGAUGAUUAAAGUGUCUGGGUGCCCAGAUGUAAUGGAUUCCCCUCAGGCUCCAGCCUGUCCAAUCUUCCUUCCUCUCUUGUGCUGGAUUUUUCCUGCGUGUGUUCUACGAAGAACUUGUGACAUUGAGGGACCCACCACAGAUCCUCAAUCUCCGACUUUAUAUUCCGUUUUUCUUUUGACGUCCUGGCUUCUGUUACCCACCAUCCAUUUUUAUGAGUUUACCUGCAACAGACCUCCAGAGCCAUCCAUCCUUCAAGUAGUCCCUGCCAGACCUUCAUUACCUUCUCACCAGCAAAGGAGGAGGGAUGAAGGGCGUGGGGUAAAAAUGACCCUGUGUGUGCGUGUCUUGGAACAGGCAGCAUGUCUUUGUCAUGGGCCGAGGGAUCAUCUUGCUGUCACUUUACCCCUUUGUCCUCGUGCUGGGAAUGUGGCCGUUUUGGACUCUGGGUGGGAUGUAUGUUGUCAAAAUCUGCACAUUGGCCAAUGCUAAUAUAUAAAUGGAUACUUCAGAACAGUUA